AUGAGCACGGCGAAACUGCGUGUAGGGUAUGUACCGGAGCACUUUUCCGCGCCCCUUCUUAUGCUGGCCAACUCGCCAUGGGGCUCGAAGAACAUGGAGCUGGUCGAGCAAGCCUCGGGUACAGGCCAAAUGCUAACGUCGCUAGACCGAUCGCAGCCUGGUGGCCAAAAGAUCGAUGUGGCUGUGGCCCUGACUGAAGGUCUGAUCACUGGUAUUGCCAAGGGACGAACAGACUACAAACUAGUGGGCAGCUAUGUGCGCAGUAGUCUGACGUGGGCUAUUAUUACAGGGACAAGCCCUGAAGCUGCCAAGUACCAAACGGUCGGCGAUUUGCGGCAUGCCAAGGUAGGAGUGAGCCGCAUUGGAAGUGGCUCGCAUCUGAUGGCUAGUGUGUUGGCUCUGCAGCAAGGAUGGGUCACGUCGGAAGGGCGUGUAGAAGAUCGUGAGUUCGUGGUGAACAACGACUUUCAAACGCUGCGGGAUGGUGUGAACCAAAAGCCUGGGCAUGAGACAGGCUUUUUCAUGUGGGAAUGGUUCACCACCAAACCGUUUAAAGAUGCAGGCGAGGUGCGCUAUAUAGGUUCGUUGCCGACGCCGUGGCCGUCGUGGACGAUUGCCGCUAGCACACAUACGGCGCUGGACGAUAUGGAUCGGAAAGACGUCUUGGAAGAAUUCUUGCACGAGCUGGACGAGACGAUUCGUGCGUUUGCAAAUGAGGAAACACGAAAGGAUGGCUCUUUGGAAGCGCAUAUCGAGAUGGUACACCACUACAGACCAGAAGAUAUUAAAGCAUGGGCUAGCCAAGUGCGCUGGGCUGGUGAGCGUACUCCCGAUCCGGAAGGCGUGACGCCGACAGACCCGCAAGCGCAGAAAACUAACGCAUUCACGCUAUCUGGCGGCAUGAUCCGCAAUACGCUGGCCACCUUGGAGAAGGCAGGCGUGGUAUCUUCACCGGCCCAGCCUUGGGAUGUCACUACGUUCGUCGACACAGACGUAGCGCGACUGGUAUAG